AUGACCUCCGGCGUUGUGACUGCAUGGACCGGCGAAAUCCGCGGCAGAGUCGUCUGCGACGUUUAUGGUGAUUCCUAUGUCGACCCCGAAGACCAUAUCUUAGAAGGGGAAGUUCUGAAUUAUCAAGCAUUCACAAACGCGAGAGUUAUAUAUACAGUUGCAGAGACGAUGCAGAAAGCGAGCGAUGGGAUGCAUGCUUGCUUGGCCAGACCCAUCAGCAAUUUCAAUCAACUUAUUGAUGCUUUUGCUACUAUGCCAUAUAAUGUUAUGGAUGAAGAUGGAUCUAAAAAUGGUCAUGGUGAAGGCAAUUCUAAGAAAGAGUCUGGAAGGUUAGUAUCGCCUUCAUCAACACUUGAAUCGUCAUUUGAGUCCCUCAAUGUAAAGAAAUUUGAUGGUGACUACUUUAUUUCUGCCUCUUCCAUCAUUUGUCGAUUUGAUCGUGACUUUAUAAAAUAUCUUUUGCUUGCAGUUGCAUUUGCAGUAAAUCCUCUUUAUCAUCAGACAUCUGCACAGUUCAAUGAAGGUGGAGCUAAAGGUUUAUUAUUGAAUAAUCUUGCGAUAUAUGGAGGAUGUCAGGUUUUUUAUUAUUCAUUUGAAGUGUCAGGGAAGUUUAUGACAUCUGGUAACAAAUCCUGUAAUCAAGAUAAUAUUGAUAUUUCUUUCGCCAAAGAUUGCAUUGACAAGAUGGUGAAGUCUAUGGGCAUGUCGGAGGAGAUUUCUCCCUCACUCAAGCACAUAAUGAAUCUAUUUGAUGAAAGUAGUCAAAGGCCACCUAUUACGUUUACUUCAGUUGACAAUGUAAAUGAAGAAUUUCAUGAAACUUACAACAACACUAAUGAUAAUGUUGAGUUGGAUGAUACUGAAAUUGAAGAUUUUGCAACAUGGGGUUUCGAGAAUGAAGAUCCGAAUGGGGAAGACCCUAAGGUGAUUGAGAUUUCUUCUCUAGCGAUUUUUCUCUCCGGCAUCCCCGACUUCUUCGACUUUCUUCAUCAUUUUCGAUCGAAAAUGGCUGGUGGUCUAGGUACAUCUCCAUACAAGACUCCAAGAUCUCCCAGAUCUCAAAGGACAAGGUAA